AUGGCCAACGUCAACAAGGCAGUCAUACCGAACGGGGUGCCAGACAUCAGAGGAUUCAGUCCGACAGAAACUCUAAGUCUGAGAGAAGACAAGUGCAACAAAGCUCAUUGUGCUGUUUCACCACAGUGGAUGACUCCGAAUAUUCGCCAGCAGCAAAACGACUCCAGUUACACCACGGCGGUGGUCCGAGACCCCACAGCGAGCAACUCCACGAAACGAUCGAUCACAGUACCUAGGGACACCUACCAGACCUUCACUUCCGAGCACACCCAAUUCACAACUACAGCGCUUUUGCUGACCGAGCUCUCGAAACCAAUUUCAAGCGCAGAUGAUGAAGGGUACAUUUACAUUUUCUGGGUGACGCCUCAGAAACCAGACUCGGUAGAAGCGCCGCCGCGAGACAUUGCUUUGAACUUACUCCCGCCUCCGGGUCGACCAAGCCAUUCUCGUCGGACAAGUGAUGCCCUGCGCGCCGCACAAGCGAUUGACCCUCGCUCCAAAGGAACUGCUGGUCAACCAGGAACCAUUCGUCUUAAGAUCGGGCGCACAAGCAAUGUCCAUCGCCGGUUGAAUGAAUGGUCAAAACAGUGCUCCCACAAUCUCACAUUGAUCCGCUAUUACCCCUAUACCAAUUCCUCACCAUCACCAUCACCGUCUCCCGCUCGGAAUCCGGAUAGUGGACAAUCCCAGGGACACGGCCGACGGGUGCCUCAUGUCCAUCGUGUCGAGAGAUUGAUCCAUAUUGAGCUGGCUGAUCAGCGGGUCAAGGGCGAGGGCCCAUGUGCUCAAUGCAAUAAAGAGCACAGGGAAUGGUUUGAAUUCAGUGCUACCAAGGAUGCCUUGAAGAUUGUGGAUGACUGUGUCAGACGCUGGAUUACAUGGGGAGAGCAGCAUACAUGA